UCGGCGGUUGUUCUUUUCGGCCACGGGUAGCUUGCCCCGUGCGCCAACCAAUUUCCCCGACCCGGCCCAGGCCAGUUUGCGGAGGCACGAUCACAGCUGUAAUCUAGCUAACCACCGUCUCUUCGGACUAUGGAUAGAGACACCUAUCCUUUCUUUGCACUAUAAUCCUACCCUCCCCCCCCCCGAUUCUCCUGUGAUAAUGGGUGGCUCCCUUUGACAGCAUGCCAAGGUCGCAUCACCUCCAUCCAACGGCGCUUGACCUGACCUCCUUUCCUUACCGCGGCGCCACAGACUACCUGUCCAGGUCCCGUCUGUCGUCAUUCACCCAUAUGGUGGCAUUGCAUCGCUCACCAUGUCCUCCGACAUCCAAGUUUUCGUGAAAUGGAAGGAACAAACGAUCUUCGCGGGCGAGGAUGUGGAAUGUAUAAUCACCUUCAAGAACGUGGCGGAAACUAGCAGUCCCGAUGCCAAUGGACCGCAACAUCCUGUGCAUCAGAGAAGGGCCUCUCGCCCCAUCACAGCUGGAUCUCAACCAGACAGCUAUUUCUCGUUGAAAUCGCCGCAGAGUUUCUUCUUCAAUAAUAACAACAACAACCGACGGUCCAUCGCUGGCAGUCCCCGCAAUAAGGCUUUCGAUCGGUCUCAUCGCGUCUCUUCCUCGUUGGGCUCACCAUUCGGAGCCGCUCAUAGCUUUCCUCCCCAGAGUCCUUCUAACCUAGGUCCGGGAUCGAAUCAUAAACACAAGAGAUCGAUUUCCAUUCUAUCGAUAGACAGUGAAGGUGGAGGGAAUGAUAAGACUCCGGUGCCGCCACAACUGAAUCGUUCCAGGCCAGCGAAAGGUCAUGGCCGUUCUGCAAGUCUUCAGAUCCUUCCUAGGAGAAAUGAUGACUAUGAAGUGUCUUUUUCAUCACCAGGGCGACGGAAUGGCCGAGGAUUUCCCUCUGCGGAAUCCCCCCUGACUCCUGCGAUCGCGAACCUCAAGGUUGACGGAGAUCCCCAGCUUAAAAUAAGUCGUCCGGGUUCUGCUACAAACAGUCCAGCGACUCCGAUCGAGCAAAUGCGGAACUCAGCUUCAGCUAGAGGGGCUAAUCCUCUACCUACGGAUUUCAAAUUCCCCCCUCCGCCCUCCUCCAACAAUGAUGUGACAGUAAGUCACGCUGCCAGAACUCCAUCUGUGCCCUCUGUCGACGAGGUCCCUAAAUCUGCGAAGCUGCGCAAGCCAGACAAUGACCGGCCCAGCUUGCCGCAAAGCCGUCUGGCUCCUGUAACCCGAAUCAUAUCGGAUUCGACCAUGAAUGGGGGCAGUAGAAGCAGCGGAGAGUUCUACUCGCAGAGUAAUAACUCGUCUGAAACGAUGGGUUCGGAAUAUACGUCGUAUUCAUUGAGUCGAGCACGGUCGAUUUUCUCGAAACACAGGCGGCAUUUUUCUAGUACGGAACACCCUGCCAGGACCAACGGAACUCAGUCGCUGCUAAUGGGGUACGCCCAAAUUAGCGCUUCUUUCACUGUCGACGGUUCACUCGUGAACCAAGCUGCCUUUGAAGAGGUCAAGCGCAAAGGUGUGGUUGGCGCACAAGGCAGUAACGGCAGGCCCUCUGGUGGUCCCGAUAAGUCACGAAAGAGUGGGCUCUGGGGCGCAUUGGGAUGGUCCGCCAUUGAAGAUUCUAUUAAUGGAUUGCUCUCAAAUGGUGAACUCGAUGGUCUCCGGGAUAUGCGAGGUGUUACUUCUUCGAACUCGAUUCCACUACUGUCUACGCCACAGUCGCUUUUGUUUGUGGAUCUCCGCCUGGUGCCUGGUGAAGAAAGAUCUUUCUCUUUCUCGUUUACGCUUCCUCGUGGGUUACCUGCCAGUCAUAAAGGAAAAGCUAUCAAGAUAUCCUAUAAUUUGGUAAUUGGAACCCAAAGGCCGAGCGGACCCAAGCAGGCCCAGCAGGUCAACCGUAUAAAUAUGCCGUUCCGAGUGUUUAGUGGGGUUAACUCUCAAGGAGAUGUGCUUGGUCAUGACCUUAUGGUUCCCUAUGUCCUUCUUAAGGACGAAGCCAGAGUACAGAAGCUAGACAGCACCCCUUCAUUUCACACGAAAGACAAGAGUAUUAGCGGACCGACCUGGAACUCUGCUUCCGAGUUCCUGUCCUAUGUUGACGAGAUCCUCGAACAAAACAAUCGUCGAAAUUCUUUCCUUUCCGUGACUACUCCGACUCUCGAGAGACGUCCAAGUCAUGAAGUGAUACGGAGUCCACCAUCUUGCAAAGAUGCUAUCGACUUUGCUAUCCUUCGUAGUAAUCAGGUUACGAGUACGAAUCGCAGUACAAACCGGUUUGAAAUCGCACGGAAUGGGAAGCGCAUUGCUGUUGUGGUGCUCAACCGCCCGGCACACAGACUUGGCGAAACUGUCAUUGCUACCAUCGACUUUACGGGUGCUGCUUUACCUUGCUAUUCGCUGAGGGGAACCCUGGAAACUUCCGAAAAGGUGGCACCCGCUUUGGCUGUGCGAUCAAGUGCAAGCAUUAACCGAGCCACGCGCCGUAUCUAUGCAUCCUGUUUCGAGAAUACACUCUACUCGACUAGAGUCGUCUUCAGUCCCGCGAUUCCAGUCGCUGCUACACCUACGAUAUUGACAAGUGGCGUGAAUCUUGAAUGGGAAUUGCGCUUUGAAUUCGUGACAACUAGUUCCCACGGCGAGAACGACUUAGGAAAUUAUGGUCCUUCUGGUGCUGGGCUAUUGGAGACCAUCGGGGAAGAUGACAGAGGUGCCGUUUUCUCUUCCCUCGAGAACCUGUCCUGCGAAUCAUUUGAGAUCGCUAUACCACUUACCGUUUACGGCGAAACGGUUAGAGAACCGUUACCCGAGGAGCAUCAAGGGCAUUCGAUAUGAUAUCUGUUAAUUGCUGCUUCUUCUUGAUAUGCUAAUGAUAGCCUCCCUUUUCUUUCCCCUUCCUAUUGACGCGCGGUGGGUGGAACGUCCCCCCUGGUUCCACGGCAUUAUCGGCAGUAUGCCCCAUAUAUAUUCCUAUCUGCACUCGUUGAUACCCUUGAAAUCAGUCAUCCUUUAAUGAAAACAUGAUAGAGGCGAUGUGUGGGAGAACUUGUACUAUAUCACUGGAGAGAGACGUGAGUUAUGUCGGGCAAGUGGAAGUCAUUUAGUGACUAUUCCAAGAAAACUCUCUAUUUAGCUGAACUGUUUGUUCGAUGAUUAUACCUAUGUUUUUGACGGCAGUUACAAUAUACAAUAGUAGUGAGGCAUUCUCCUUCAUCAGAUCUAUGUCCUGGAUUGUAAUCACGUGACGCGAUUGUCACCCGGGCAACGUCUGGCCAUCCCGCGAUCAGCUAGAGCAAUCUGGUUAUCUCCCAGGCUGAG